AAGCGCUCCACCCGGGCCCCCGACGGCGCUCGUUUAACCACAUCCGUGCCUCCGCUGGAAACGCUUACAGGCGCCUGUCACCCGUUCCCUCCAUUUUGAAAGGGAAAAAAGGCUCUCCCCCUUCCCCUACUCUUAGGACCUGGAGCCGGAGGAGCCGCGCUCAUGGCGUUCAGCCCUUGGCAGAUCCUGUCCCCAGUGCAGUGGGCGAAAUGGACCUGGUCCGCGGUGCGCGGCGGGGGCGCCGGAGAGGACGAGGCCGGAGGGCCAGAGGGCGACCCCGAGGAGGAGGACUCGCAAGCCGAGACCAAAUCCUUGAGUUUCAGCUCGGAUUCUGAAGGUAAUUUUGAGACCCCUGAAGCUGAAACACCAAUCAGAUCGCCUCUCAAGGAAUCCUGUGAUUCAUCCCUAGGAUUGGCAGGACGGGGGGCCAAAACCCAAGAAUCACAAGAAGCUGAUGAACAGCUGGUAGCAGAAGUGGUUGAAAAAUGUUCAUCUGAGACUUGUUCUAGAACCUCAGAAAAUGAGGUAGCACAGCAGGCUGUUGAUUCUUACACGGCCAAGGAUUUCAAAGAACCUGAACACGAGAGUAGCAAAAUUUCAGUAGUGAGGCCAUUUUCAAUAGAAACCAAGAAUGCCACGGAUAUCCCAGCGGCUCUAGGAACAAAGGCCGCUUAUGGCUGUGUAACUGUGGUCUCGGGUGAGGCUUUGCCCUCCAGCACACCAGAAGCCAUCCUGGACAAGGCAAUGACAGAAGGCACCAUGGGGGUUGCACUGGAGGCUUCCACAGAAGCUGACCUAAAGGCUGGCAGUUCCUGUCCAGAGCCUGUUCCCAGCAGAAGCAAGCUAAGGAAACCCAAACCCGUCUCUCUGAGGAAGAAGACAAUUGGUGAAUUCUUAGAAACUGAUACUGCCCUGGAGGGCACACCUCUCCCCCAGGCAUCCUAUCAGUUCUGUCCCGAUGAGAUGGAUGGGAACACAAAUGCUUUGCUAGGAGGUGCCAGGAUCCAGAAAUCUCCCCCUGAUAUGAAGGAAACAUCGCGCACUCCCAGCAGUGACACCAACGACUCAGGAGUUGAGCUGCUGGAGGAGUCAAGGAACUCACCUCUGAAACUAGAGUUUGAUUUCACAGAAGAUCUGGAAAAUAUAGAGCCCAGGAAAGGCCUUCCAAGGAAGGUUGGCAGGAAACUGGGUAGCAAACUGCCUCCCAAGGUACAGAAAGAUAGCAUUAGUAAGCCGGUAGGCGCCAAAGGUACGGACCAGCCUGCAGACCCCGCUGCACAUAGUGCUCCUCCCUCCCAGGCAUCUGCCAAGCUGGAUCCCAGCCAGUGGGAUCACCACAACUUCAGUCCCUUUGGGGGCCACUCAACUCUGCAGAACUCCCCCCCUCUCUCCUCUAAGGGCUCCUACCACUUUGACGAAUCCGUGGAUCCCUUUAAACCAACUACAACGUUAGCAAGCAGUGACUUUUGUUCUCCCGCCGGUAAUCAUAUUAAUGAAAUCUUAGCGUCACCCAAGAAGGCAAAGUCGCGUUUAAUAACGAGUGGCUGUAAGGUGAAGAAAUAUGAAACACAGUCUCUUGCUUUGGAUGGCUGUUCUCAGGAUGAAGGAGCAGUGAUCGCCCAGAUUUCAGACGUUUCUAAUAGGGAUGGCCACGCUACUGAUGAGGAGAAACUGGCGUCCACUUCAUCUGGUCAGAAAUCAUCUGGGGCCGAGGUGAAAGGUGAGCCAGAGGAAGACCUGGAGUACUUUGAAUGUUCCAAUGUUCCCGUGUCUACCAUAAAUCAUGCGUUUUCAUCCUCAGAAGCAGGUAUAGAGAAAGAGACGUGCCAGAAGAUGGAAAAAGAUGGAUCUGCCAUGACCGGACUGUUGUUGGAGUCCUCUGUGGAGAAGGCCCCCGUGUCUGUGGCCUGUGGAGGGGAGAGCCCCCUGGAUGGCAUCUGCCUCAGUGAAUCAGAUAAGACAGCUGUGCUUACUCUCAUAAGAGAAGAGAUAAUCACUAAGGAAAUUGAAGCAAAUGAAUGGAAGAAAAAAUACGAAGAAACCCGACAAGAAGUCUUGGAGAUGAGGAAAAUUGUGGCUGAAUAUGAAAAGACCAUUGCCCAAAUGAUUGAAGAUGAACAGAGGACAAGUAUGACCUCUCAGAAAAGCUUCCAGCAACUGACCAUGGAGAAGGAGCAGGCCCUGGCUGACCUUAAUUCUGUGGAAAGGUCCCUUUCUGAUCUCUUCAGGAGAUACGAGAACCUGAAAGGCGUUCUGGAAGGGUUCAAGAAGAAUGAAGAAGCCUUGAAAAAAUGUGCCCAGGAUUACUUAGCCAGAGUUAAGCAAGAGGAACAGCGAUACCAGGCUCUGAAGAUCCACGCAGAAGAAAAACUAGACAAAGCCAAUGAAGAGAUCGCUCAGGUUCGAACAAAAGCGAAGGCCGAGAGUGCAGCUCUCCAUGCCGGACUCCGGAAGGAACAGAUGAAGGUGGAGUCCCUGGAAAGAGCCCUUCAGCAGAAGAACCAAGAAAUCGAGGAACUAACGAAAAUCUGUGAUGAGCUGAUUGCGAAGCUGGGGAAGACUGACUGAGUUUCCCCCCAUUAGCUCAGCAGAUCUGCAUUUGGCUGCUUUUCUCUUAACCACAGUUAUCUUGCCUUAUCCAGGAAUAAUUGUCCCUUUGCAGAGAAAAAAAAAACCUUUAAAAAAGCACAUGCCCACUGCUGCCUGUCCUGCUUUGCUGCCGACACAACAGCCCUGGAAGGAACCCUAGAGCAUCGCACGGUCCUGGGAGGAGUGGCGUCCGAGUGCCGUCCGCCGAUAGGUUUGGUCAGGCUGCUAAGUUUGGGGGCGUGAUUUCUCUGUCUUUAGUCCGUUUUUAAAAGUCAUCUUUUCUUUUCCAAGCACGUUAAUUUUGGGAUUUUGUGGCUCCUCUUUGGGAUCAUCUUCUGUCCACCACCUGUCUGAAUUUUUUGGUGACCUAUUUAGUUUGUCUUUUAAAUUUAGCGUUCAACAUUGGUAGUCUUAUUUGAGGGAGGAAAUAAUUUGGCCUAUUGUUACUUCUAGUUUGUAAACAAGAAGGGACUUUGAGUACCUGUUUCUACACACAUACACACGCACA